AGAGGGGAGGAGCCCGCUGCACUGAGAAGAUCAGAUCUAUAGGUCACAGUCGUCUGUUGUUGAUCAACGGAAGCUUUGUUUCUCUUCAUACGGACUUUGUUGGAUGAGAUUUGAUUAGAAGAAUCAACUUUCUCUUGUUGGACUUUUGGAUUUCUCUUGUCACAUCAGUCAGCUUCAUACUUGAAGAAUAACGGUGAGCUUUACUGGGCAGCCACAAUGCCACCAGUGUUAACCAUGUCCAGCACAAACUACGAUUACGACUAUGACACUGUUCAGUCAUACUUCUUCCUGGACGGGGAGGAGGAAGACUUCUAUUCUCCGCCACGCAGCCAGCUCCUCCCGGGACCCAGUGAAGACAUUUGGAAGAAGUUCGAGCUGCUGCAGACACCCCCGUUGUCCCCCAGCCGGAGACCAUCAGCCCGCGAUCCCUCUCCGUCUGCUGCCGACCACCUGGAGAUGGUCUCCGACCUGCUGGAUGAGGAGUGCAACCCAUCGGCAGCUUUUCUUCAGUCCUUCAUCAUACAAGACUGCAUGUGGAGCAGCAGCUUCGCGGCUGCCGCGGAGCUGGAGAAGGUGGUGUCCGAGCGGCUGGCUGACCUGCGGGCCCGCCGGGACUCCUCCGUCACUGACGGAGCCGACGAUGAGCAGGUGUGCAGGUCUCCGGUGAACACGGCUUACCUGCAGGAGCCGAACACUGGAGCCACGGACUGCAUUGAUCCCGCCGCCGUGUUUCCAUGCACCCCAGUGGGUGGGAAGCAGAGCGACGAUGAGGCAGCGAUGGAGGUGGGAUCAGAAUUGUGUCUGGACACACCGCCGCUCAGCAGCAGUGACAGUGAAUCAGAAGAAGAAAUGGAUGAGGAUGCUGAGGAGGAUGAAGAGAUCGACGUGGUGACAGUGGACAGGCGAAAAGCAUCCCGAAGGCUGGUCCCCUCUCCUCUGGUCCUCAAACGAGCCCACAUCAACAUGCAUCAGCACAACUACGCCGCCCAGCAGCCGUCGGCGAGCAACCGGCAACCUGUUGCUAAGCGGCCGAAGGCAGACGGCGCCUGCCCGGCGCAGAGGCCGGGCGGCGGCCGCAGGUGCUGGAGCCCGCGGUCAGACGGCGGCGGCGGCGACGACGACGACGACAAGCGCAGGACUCACAACGUGUUGGAGAGGCAGCGGCGAAGCGAGCUGAAGAUGAGCUUCCUGGCCCUGAGGGACGAAGUCCCGGCGGUGGCGAACAACGACAAGGCCGCGAAAGUGGUGAUUCUUAAGAAAGCGACGGAGUUUAUCAGGGAGAUCGGAGAGGACGAGAAGAGGCUGCUGGCGAUGAAGGACGAGCUGAGGAAGAGGAGCCGGGAGCUGAAGCGCAGACUGGAGCAGCUCAGGACUUUAUAAUAACUCUGCUAUCAAUCAUUGAUAUUAGUUUAUUUGAUUCAUGUCAACCUGAACUGUGGCUAAUGACUGAUAAUGUGAAGGCAUCAGCGAUGAAGCACUUGGUGGAACUCUAGGCUGCUGUGUUGAUGUCUCUCUGCACAUAUUUAUUUAGUUUUGAAAAGUCCUACACAUUAUUUAAAAGCUGAUUUGACUCACAAGUCUGAUGUGGAGAAAUGUCAUUGAAGGCAGCAUGUUUGUUUAUUUGCAGCUCAUAAUGCUUUUAUGGUAAUUUUAUGUUUAUUUAACAGUGUCCUAAAGGGUCAGAUUGUUUAUUUUUGUAUCUUGAUAUCAGCUGUAGCAGAAAACACAUUGAGAAGAAGUUAACUGUUCAGCAGAAACCACCUUAGCGUCUGAGCUAAUGGACCGGUCUCUGUGUAAUUUGUGUUCACUUUUCCACACAUAUAUGAGAAGAAGCAGCUCCGGUUCUUAGUUUGUCGUAAAGGCUGUAGGGAAAAAUCUCAACCCCAUUAACGUUCGUAAUUCACAAUGUGAAAGUUCAUGUUUGUUUCCUCUUUUAAAA